AUGUCGGAUUCUGUGCAGUAUCCAACCGAGUUCCUAAAUUCCUUAGACCUUCCUGGCAUGCCACCGCAUAAUCUUAAAUUGAAAGUGGGGUGCCCGGUUAUGCUUCUCCAAAAUCUGGAUGCUCCCGAUCUUUGCAAUGGAACACGACUCAUCAUUAAACAGAUUUUGCCGCACGUUCUUGAAGCCACCAUACUGACAGGACAAGCUCAAGGAAAAGACAUCUUCAUACCAAGAAUACAACUCAUACCAUCGGACUUUUCCUUUCAAUUUAAACGACUGCAGUUUCCACUAAACGUUUGCUUGCAAUGUCCAUCAAUAAAUCACAAGGUCAAUCAUUGA